UCAUUUCCUAAUGUUUUCCGCUACACUGCGGAUCUAUUCGUUGGUUAGUCGUUCGAUGAAUCGAUUCAUCGAACGAUCGGCGCGUAGAGAGCUUAAACGAGAGAAAUUACGAGAAAGUGUGGAGAGGAAACGGAUCGGAACAGAGCGGCAACGAAGGUUAAAAAGGAAGUAACGAAGGAUACGAGUUACACUAUGUCCGUACGCGGCAAUGCGAAUACAAGGUCUAAAGAAUGCGCAUCGAUAGCCGCAUUUUACGCUGGCCGAAAUAUCUUCGUGACUGGUGCCACAGGCUUCAUGGGGAAAGUGUUGCUCGAGAAACUUUUGAGAUCUUGUCCCGACGUUGGAGAGAUAUUUAUCUUAAUGAGACCGAAAAGGGGACUGUCCAUCGACGAUAGAUUGAGAAAAAUGCUCAAGUUGCCGUUGUUCGACAAAUUGCGCGAAGAAAAUCCGUCCAGCUUGGAAAAGUUGAUCCCGAUUCUCGGUGACACUAGCGUCGAGGGCUUAGGUAUAGCAUCGAUCGAAAGACACGUCAUCAUCGAACGAGUUUCCAUCAUUUUUCACGUCGCGGCGAAUGUUCGAUUCGACGAAUAUCUAAAAACAGAUAUGUUCUCAAAUGUUCGCUCGACCAGAGACGUUUGCAUUCUCGCAGGGAGCAUGAAGAAAUUGGUGGCAUUGGUCCACGUUAGUACCGCAUACGCUCAUGUCGACAAGCCGGUGAUCGACGAGGUUUUGUACCCUCCGUUGACCGACUGGAGAAAAGCUUUACGUAUGAUAGAAACUGUGGACGACGAAACUGUGCGAAUACUUACGCAAAAGUACGUGGGAUCGAUGCCAAACACGUAUACUUUCACCAAGCGUCUGGCGGAGCAAGUGAUAAACGACUACUCGAAAGAUUUGCCCUGUGUAAUCUUUCGGCCAACGAUAGUGAUAUCGUCGUUUCGGGAACCCGUGCCCGGCUGGCUGGACAACUUCAAUGGACCUGUAGCGAUGAUGGUCGGUGGUGGAAAGGGAAUAUUACGAAUAGUCCAUUUGCAACCGAACCUUGCCGCUGAUUACAUCCCUGUCGACGUAGCUAUUAACAUUAUGAUUACAACCGCGUGGAAACGAGGAUUACAAACGAUUACCAAGGAUCCAAGCGUUCACGUGUACAACGGUAGCUCCUACGCCAUUCACCGUAUGACCAAUCGGGAUUUGAUCGUAAUGGGAUUUAAAAUGAACGAAGAGAUACCGAUCGAAGGAAGCAUCUGGUACCCCCGAAUCAUUAUAACGACUAACCGCAUUUUUCAUUACGUAAUGACGUUGUUGGUUCACGCAUUGCCAGCGUUGAUCAUAGACAAAGCCCUCGAAGCGAUGGGUCGUCGACCGAUGUUGAUGAAAAUUCAAAAAACGAUCUACUCCAGCUCGAUACGCUUGUAUUACUUUUUACACAACGAAUGGAUUUUCCACAAUGACAACAUGUUAAAGAGUUUAACGGACAUUCCGCCGGCAGAGAAAGAAAUCUUCAGUUAUGAUUUUUCAGGCAUAAACAAAGAAGAAUAUUUUCGGAACUGUUUGAUCGGAGCUAAACUCUAUCUCCUGAACGAGGACUUUACUCGCUUGAAUGAAGCCAAGCAGCAUUACAACAGGAUGAAGUGGAUCGAUCGAAUAUUCCAUACCUGUUUCAUCUUACUGUUAAUCUGGACAUUUGGAAAAGUAAUAUUUUUCGCACCUGUUUGAGUAUGAUCAUCCCUUUCUCGUUUAAUCGUCUCCUGCUGCGGAUCUAACUACUUUCUCGAAGAUAAUAAUGAAACUUUAUUUCACUUGAAUUGACAAAGAGAUGGAAUUGAAGAAAUAAAAAAGAAAAA